AAACGCUACCAAUUUCCCUCGCUUCCCUCGUUUUCUCUCCUCGCGCUUUUCCCCCUUAACCCCUCGCACCGCCCCGCUCCCCGCCGCCGACCCCGCCGGAACCCUACCCAAGGAGCCCGCAUCGGGGCGAUCGCCGGAGAUCCGACCAGGACCAGGCUCUCCACGUGCCUGGCCGGUGAUCGCCGGACUCGGUGGUGCUGCGGCCCUCCUGUCGGAGACCAUGUCGGGAGGCGGCCGGCCGCAGGCCGCGCAGCAAAUCGUGCAAUCGGUGCAGAAGUGCGUUCCGCUGGCCCCGGAGCGUCCGCCCUUCGCCGUCCCCGCCGAAUACCACCGGUUCCCCUUGCCGCCGUCCUCCUCCGCCCCGGCAGCAGCAUCCCGGGGCAGCGCUGGCGGCGAUGUCGAGGAGGGGAUCAUCAUCAGGACGCCCCUAAAAAGAAAAGCUCCAUGUGGAGAAAGUGAUGCCAUUGAGUCAACUGAAUGGAUGAUAACCAGCCCUGGGUUUACUGAAGGAGUUAGCAGUCCACAUAUGACCCCUGUCUCUGGAAAAGCUGCUAGGACAUACAAAUCAAAGGCUAAAGGCAGCAAAGAUGGACUGCAGACCCCUAUAUCAAAUGCUGGUUCACCUGGUACUCCACUCACUCCUGGUUCUUCCCGCGCUGAACAUUCAUUAGGGGAAUUGACUAAAAAGUUCAUCAGUUUGCUCAAGCAGGCUGAAGAUGGCAUUUUAGAUUUGAAUAAUGUUGCAGAGAUAUUAGUGGUUAAAAAAAGACGCAUAUACGACAUUACAAAUGUCCUUGAAGGAAUUGGGCUGUUAGAAAAGAAGCUUAAGAACAGAAUCCGUUGGAGGGGUUUGGAUGACUCAGGAGCUAACUUAGACAAUGAAAUUUCAGUUUUGGAGACAGAACUUGAAAAUCUUAAACUCCAAGAAAAAGCAUUGGAUAAUCGUAUAAGUGAAAUGCAUGAAAAGGUGAGGGAGUUAACUGAAGAGGAGAACAAUCAGAGGUGGCUAUACCUUACCGAGGAUGACAUCAAGGGAUUGCCCUGCUUUCAGAAUGAAACACUAAUCGCGAUAAAAGCACCUCAUGGCACUACACUGGAAGUACCAGAUCCUGAUGAGGCUGGUGAUUAUAUCCAAAGGAGAUACACAAUCGUAAUAAGGAGUACAAUGGGUUCCAUCGAUCUUUACCUGGUUAGUAAAUUUGAGGAAAACAUGGAAGAGCUGGUUGGUGUCGCAACGCCUCCAAGGCACGCAAAUGUGGCAGAACCUGCCUCCACAGACGGAUUCAUAGCAACAGAAGCUGGACAAAGCAGCAGAUCAAAGGACAAGUUGCCGAAUAUUCAGCAUAUCCACAGAACUCCAGAUCUAAAUGCUCAAGACUUUGGGGGGAUGGCAAAGAUAACUCCAGAAUUUCAUGUUGAUGCUGACUACUACCUUCUCACUGACGGUGAUGCCAGCAGCAUUACAGAUAUGUGGAGAACAGCACCAGAAGUGCAGUGGGAUCAGUUCUUAGCUGAAGAGGCAACCGCCCCUCGCACACCCCAGCAACAGCCAGCAGUUGUCGGUAAAUCUACAGCUGUAGGCCCAACCUGUGGAUAGACAACAAGAUGAUGAUUAGGACAUUCUGGAACAACAGAGUUCGUUUCUUGGGGAUGGUAAAUGUUCUUCCUGGGACUCUUUGGAGACUGGUGAUUUCUACCAAAUUUUGCGUCCUUUCUGGCAGUGAUCUGGCGAUAUGUGUUCAGUAACUUAUUGCUUUGCCGUCCCUCAAUGGUUUCACCUCCUUCUUCCAGUUAGCGUAUGUACAUUGAGUCGCUAGUAUUUUGUGUCAUCAGUCUGCCGCUUGAGCUUACCAGGUGAUUUUCUCCAACUGGAUUCCCCUGAUAAGGUCAGUUUGGGCGCCUGGUUCUUCCUCUGCAAAACAUGUAAAUAUUCUGGCAGACGUGUACAAAGUACAAUGGCUGACUUAUACCAUUAUACUAGGACAUAUGUCGAGCAAAUUGUGCAAAUUCCAUGCAGAAGAGUUUACAGGUCAUUUCCCAAGCA